UCUCUCUCUCUCUCAGAUCGCCCACUUCGCCUUGUUGUCCCCGUUGAGUGAAGAGCCACAGAGACAGUGAUCUGCUCUAGUUAAACGCCAUUGAUGAGCGAGAAAACUCAAUAGAAAAAUGUGGAACCUGAACCAGUUGAUUUCAGGAGGAGACGAAGAGCAACAAGACAACCUGUUGGGUGAUACCAAAGGCCUCUGCUCUCUCUCCCCUUUGCAGAGAAUUUAUGGAUUCGCUGCCUGUUUGCUCGCUGGCCUGGUUCUUAUGUUUCUGUCAUUGAUUGUUUUUGCCAAACCCAUCAAGUUUGCAUUAUUAUUCACCUUUGGGAACAUGUUGGCUGUUGGAAGCACAGCAUUCCUUAUUGGACCUGAGCAACAAAUGAGAAUGAUGCUUGAACCUGUCCGCAUUUUUGCCACAGCUAUUUACGUUGGGUGCGUUGUCUUAGCUCUCAUCUGUGCUCUUUGGAUCCAUAGUAAGAUCUUGACACUAAUAGCUAUUAUAUGCGAGAUUUGUGCCCUCGUUUGGUACAGUUUGAGUUACAUUCCAUUUGCUCGUAGAGUGGUUUCUGACAUGACAAUACGUUUGUUUGACACUGAGAUCUAGACACGGCAAUUUGGUGUGGGGGGGGGGGGGGGGGGGGGGGCUCGUAUGAUUCUUAUUGUUCAUUUUGUUCUUUGUUUCGUUCAUCUCUGAGAUUGCGUGAAAGGCGUUUCAAUUCAAGUUGGUUUGCGCAUUUGUAAUUUCACAAUUGUAUACUACUUUGGGUUCCUGGUGCAAUGCCAUUUAAUUUCUAUCAA